UUGGGAUGGGACUUUCCAGCUUAUCUCGAUGUGACCUCAAAGACAACCUUAUUAAAGAAGGGUGCAAAGCAGCAGCUAUAGAGUUUCCUUCCAGCACCUUGACUAUUCAACAGGAUGAUCCUCUUAGUGACAAGGUUUCUAAUCCAGCAGAUGUAACUCAAAUUCGGCCUCAGAAACUCCGCAUGACAUUAAGACCGGGUGAUGCUAAACGUUUUACAGUCAGUCUAAAACAGGUGGAGGAUUACCCUGUGGAUCUCUACUACUUGAUGGAUCUGUCAUAUUCAAUGAAAGAUGAUCUUUCACGCUUAGAAACUUUGGGCAACAAGUUAGCUGAAACUAUGGGCAAAACCACUAGUAAUCUUCGCAUGGGUUUUGGAGCAUUUGUGGACAAGAUCACCUACCCAUACCUGAUUACUUACCCCCCAGGUUCAGUUGAAAACCCUUGCAUUGGAAUAGGGGAUCAGUGCCAGGCUCAGGUCAGCUUUAAGAAUGUGUUGUCACUGACGGAAAAGGUUUCUCGCUUCACUGAAGAGGUGAGAAAGCAGAAGGUGUCCAGAAAUAGGGAUGGUCCCGAAGGUGGAUUUGAUGCUAUCAUGCAAGCAAUUGUAUGCAAGGACAAGAUUGGAUGGCGCCCGGAUGCCUCACAUCUUCUGGUGCUGACUACUGAUGCCAAAACUCACCUCGCCUUAGAUGGACGCAUAGCUGGCAUUGUCCAGCCCCAUGAUGGAGAAUGUUACCUCGACAAUGACAAUAGCUACAACAAAUCAACAGUUCUGGACUAUCCUUCCUUGGGCCUCUUAAUAGAAAAGAUGUCUAAAAACAACAUUAAUUUGAUUUUUGCUGUGACGGAAUAUGUUGAACCCCUUUACAAGCAAUAUAGUCAGGUGAUUCCAGGCACAACUGUGGGAAGGUUGUCUCAAGACUCUGGAAAUGUUAUUCAGCUGAUUCAGGACGCCUAUGCGAAAAUUCGUUCUAAAGUGGAGCUGGAACAUUUGGGAGUCCCAGAUGAGAUGCAUCUUUCAUAUAAUGCUACUUGCCUUAAUGGAGAGGUCAUUCGGGGACUUCAGUCCUGCUCUGGUUUGAAGGUUGGGGACAUGGUGUCCUUCAGUGUGGAAGCUCAACUGCGCAGCUGCCCUAUAGAAAAAAACCGCACUUUUACCAUCAAACCUCUGGGCUUUAAGGAUUCUCUAGAGGUUACAGUAGACUUUGCAUGUAAUUGUGACUGUGAGGCCACAGCAGUUCCUAACAGUCCAGUGUGCAGUGAUGGCAAUGGGACCUAUGAGUGUGGGAUUUGCCAGUGUCACCCGGGUCGACUGGGUCCACGAUGUGAGUGCCAUCUGGAUGAAUAUAGUCCGUCUGACGAUGCCAACUGCCUCCCAAAAUCAGACAGCCCGAUAUGUAGCGGUAGAGGAGACUGCUUAUGUGGACAAUGCUCCUGUCACUCCUCUGAGUUCGGUCAAAUCUGGGGGAAAUAUUGCGAAUGUGACGAUUUCAACUGCCUGCGCUUCAAAGGAGCUCUUUGCUCUGGCAAUGGGAAGUGUAGCUGUGGGUUCUGCCAGUGUGACGCUGGCUGGAAAGGAGACAACUGUAACUGCACCACCCGCACAGACACCUGCGUGUCCAGCAUAGGGCUGCUGUGCAGCGGCCGGGGUAACUGUGUGUGCGGGGUUUGUCAGUGCACUCAACCCGGCGCCUACGGAGACACCUGUGAGAAGUGCCCCACAUGCCCUGAUUCUUGCACUAUAAAGCAGAAGUGUGUUGAGUGUCAGCACUUCAAAAGGGGGCCGUAUAUCAGUGACAACAGCUGCAACAGAAUCUGCAAUAAUGAAAUAGUAAUAGUGGACAAGUUGAGUAAGAAAAUGGAUGAGAACUCUGAUUUCCAAGAACACAAUGCCCUGAACUGCUCCUACAAAGAUGAAAAUGACUGCAUUGUGAAAUUCCAGUAUUAUGAAGAUAAAACUGGGAAAUCCAUCUUGUACGUUGUGAAAGAGCCAGAGUGUCCCCAGGGCCCUGACAUCCUAGUGGUGCUUUUGUCGGUGGCCGGAGCAAUUCUGCUCCUGGGUCUCGUCGGUCUGCUAAUCUGGAAGCUGCUGGUUACCAUAAAAGAUCGCAGAGAGUUUGCCAAGUUUGAGGAGGAGAGAGCCAAAGCCAAAUGGGAUACGGGUAACAAUCCUUUGUACAGAGGAGCCACCUCCACUUUUACCAAUGUGGCGUACAGAGGAAACUAAUGAUUAAGCGCAAUGAGGAAAAAGCUCAGGGGUUGGCGACACUGGUAGAAUGUAGCAGCACUUAAGAUGAUCGGAGGAAGGUCUUUACACUGUCAUUAGAGCGGCUACUGAUGCAGAGAUGUAGUUACUGCUGUCAACAGUUCAAUAAAGUGUUUGCACAUGAUGUCCAAUAUUACAAACUGUUUGUAUGUGUCACAAGUUGCUUGUUCCAAGGCUUUCGGUGUCUCCGGGGGGUGUCUGUGGAUUUGAUUAAAUGCUGAUGUUUACUUUACACAUACUUUUUCGAAAAUCUUUCCACCUCUACUGUUUAUAUGUUUUCUUAUCAUUCCUUACUUCUAUUGUUAAAACUUUGUCAGGCAAAGUGAAUGUGAAACAGCUAUAUUUAAUUAUUGAAACCCUGUUCUGCAUGGUGUACGCUGCAGAUAUACUGAUUAAAUGGGUCUGUAUAGUAUUAAAAAAAAUAAACCAGUGUGUUAAUUUGCAUAAAAAUGUAUUUGCUUUAGGCUUUUUUUCUCUUUUUUAUUCUAUGUUUUGCAUUUGCACUGAUAAUCUGAAUGGUGCAUGACAAAGUUACAUAUGAUAGAGUAUUUGAGAAUGUUUCUAUAGCUUUAAUGUUUACAUUUGGAGUGAAUGUGGGUGAUAUUAUACUACAAACUGUGGUGCAUUUUGGGUUUAAAGCUCUGAAUGUUUUGCACAAUACAAUCGGCUAUCUCACUAUUUUGUCAUGUGGUUGUUUAUUGGUUAUAUUUAGGGAACUUAUUUCACCUGAGUCUUGUGACUCAAAAGGUUUUCUUUCCAAAAUGUCAGAGUCAUAUUUUUAGAUCAAAUGCCACUUUUGUUUAAUUCCUAUUUCUAAGCCAAAGCAAAGAGCAACUUUUUAGACUAAAAAGAUAUGUCUGCUUGCCAAGAUUCAAUAAACAUGGGGAA